AACGCGAACAACUGUUUGGUAGUCAAAUUUGUGCCUCAGGUCUGCCUUUCUUUGAUAAAAUUUGUCUGCGCCUGUCCUUCCCCUGUGAGGACCAACAUUAGGAGUCGUGGGUGAAGACAUCAGAAAACAGAUGGACACCACCGUUUGCACCUGGAAGUGUCAUCAGCUGUAAAUCGAGUUCCUGAUCCAAGGACCACAGCUGACCCCUCCCAAUCCCCAGAACCAAAAACUAUGGAGCUUUCCGACAGUGACCGACCCAUUAGCUUCGGCUCCACCUCAUCCUCGGCCUCCUCCAGGGACAGCCAUGGUUCCUUUGGCAGCAGAAUGACUUUGGUUUCAAAUAGCCACUUGGGCAUAUUUCACCAGGAUAAAGAAGCUGGGGCCAUAAAGCUGGAGCUGAUACCAGCACGACCAUUUUCCAGCAGCGAGCUGCAGAGGGACAACCCUGCUGGGCCGCAGAGCAUGGAUGGGGUCAGCGAAAAGCAGCCCAGGACGCCAUGGAGAGCGGACAUGAACGGGGCAUCCCAAACCACUGCAGACUCAGCCUCCAGCCCCAAGCUCCUCUAUGUGGACAGAGUUGUACAGGAAAUCCUGGAGACUGAGAGGACCUACGUGCAAGACCUAAAAAGCAUCGUGGAGGAUUACCUGGCAUGCAUCCAGGAACAAACCAAACUUCCCCUGGGGACAGAAAACAGGGCCGCCCUUUUCGGAAACAUUGAGGAUAUCUACCACUUCAAUAGUAAACUUCUUCAAGACCUGGAAAACUGUGAAAAUGAUCCUGUGGCCAUAGCAGAAUGUUUUGUGUCCAAGAGUGAAGAAUUCCACAUUUAUACUCAGUAUUGCACCAACUACCCAAGCUCUGUGGCCGUGCUAGCUGCAUGCAUGAGAAACAAGAUACUCGCCAAGUUCUUCCGGGAGCGCCAGGAAACUCUGAAACACUCACUGCCCCUAGGGUCCUAUCUCCUAAAACCAGUUCAGCGGAUUCUCAAAUAUCAUCUCCUUCUACAUGAAAUAGAGAAUCACCUCGAUAAGGAGACAGAAGGGUACGAUGUUGUGCUGGACGCUAUAGACACGAUGCAGCGAGUGGCCUGGCACAUCAAUGACAUGAAACGGAAGCAUGAGCACGCUGUCCGCUUGCAGGAGAUCCAGAGCUUGCUAACUAACUGGAAGGGGCCGGACCUCACCAGUUAUGGGGAGCUGGUGCUUGAGGGAACCUUCCGUAUCCAGAGGGCCAAAAAUGAGAGGACACUCUUUCUCCUGGACAAGCUGCUGCUCAUCACAAAGAAGAGAGAUGACACGUUUACACACAAAGCUCACAUCCUGUGUGGCAACCUCAUGUUUGUAGAAGUCAUACCAAAAGACCCGCUCAGCUUCAGUGUCUUCGACUACAAGAAUCCCAAGCUUCAGCACACGGUUCAGGCCAAAUCCCAGCAAGAAAAAUGCCUCUGGAUUCUGCACCUGAAGAGACUGAUUCUGGAGAACCACCCAGCAAAGAUCCCAGCUAAGGCCAAGCAGGCUCUUCUUGAAAUGGACGCCAUCCACCAUCCAGGCUUCUGUUACCGUCCUGAGGGAGAGAUGAAGACACCAUGUGGUUCUGCACCACAUCGGCUAAGACGGAAGUCAGAACCUUCCUCAAGAUCACACAAAGUGUUGAAGACCAGUGAAACUGCACAAGAUAUCCAGAAGGUUUCUAGAGAGGAGAGCUCUUCCCAGCUGACUUCUGUCAUACCUGCCCAGAGGAACCGCCAGCCCAGCAGUGCUGCAGUUAUCAAUAUGCUUCGUGGAGGAGGCGGUGUUAGAAGCCUGUGGACAGAUCACCACAUCCGACAGCCUUUGUUUCCAAACCGCCGAUCUCCACAGGAGAAUGAGGACGACGAUGAUGAUUAUCAGAUGUUCGUCCCAUCCUUUUCUUCCUCGGAUCUCAACUCCACCAGGUUGUGUGAAGAGAAUGCUUCAAGUCGCCCUUGCAGCUGGCAUCUGGGACUGAUUGAGCCCACAGAGAUCUCUAGCUCUGGUCACAGGAUUGUCCGACGGGCCAGUAGUGCAGGUGAAAGCAACGCAUGUCCUCCUGAAGUAAGAAUUAGGGACAGUGUACUGUCUCAGUAUUGUCCUGGGAGAGAGCUACAGAACAGUCCUCAACCAGGAGGAGAGGGAGGGAUGACUCCCUUUGGGUCAUCUGUAGAGUUGACUAUUGACGAUAUAGACCAUGUCUAUGAUAACAUAAGUUUUGAAGACUUAAAGUUAAUGGUUGCUAAGCGGGAUGAAACUGAAUGUUCUUUCUCCAAAUCAUCCAGAGACUCUGUUCGCCCCAAGAGCACCCCAGAGUUAGCCUUUUCAAAGAGACAGGUUAGCCACAGUACAAGCUCUCUCCACUCAAAGAAAGAGGCAGGCCCCAGUGGUCAAGAAGCAUCCAACCAAAGCAUCCAUGAACACCAGGAAGUAAAAGAAAACAUCUAUGACACCAUAGGUCUUCCAGACCCACCAUCGCUGAACUUUAACUGCAGCACCCUUAAGCAGCCCAAAAGGAGCACCUUCCUGGGUCUGGAAGCUGAUUUUGCAUGCUGUGACAGCCUGAGACCAUUCGUCUCACAGGAUAGCCUCCAGUUCAGUGAGGAUGAUGUAUCUUACCACCAGGGACCCUCUGAUACCAAUUAUUUGAGUUUGUUAUAUGACUCUUCCCGCUGUAACCUGCCUAUUGCAGAUAAGGCUCUGUCAGACAAAUUGUCUGAAGAAGUAGAUGAAAUCUGGAAUGAUCUGGAAAAUUACAUCAAGAAAAACGAAGACAAAUCGAGAGACCGUCUCCUUGCAGCCUUUCCGGUGAGCAAAGACGACGCACCAGAGAGGCUGUACGUCGAGAGCAGCCGUGAGCUGAGCAGAGACACAGGACGUGGCACAUCUAUGCUGGCCCUGCCUCAGAGCCAGGCUUUUCUCGAGCCUGGGAAGAACAGGAUUGUGAGAGCUAGCAGGGCCAACUGCUCCUUGGAUGAUGACCUUAUUUCAACAGAAGGCUCCUUCCUGAGUCUUAACCAACUCUCUCUGGCCAGUGAUGUGCCUCCUGUGGACAAUCCCUAUGACUUAGCCAACUGCAGCUUGCCCCAAACAGACCCAGAAAGCCCUGACUCUGGGAUGGAGGUCACAGACAAGACCAAGAGCAGGGUCUUUAUGAUGGCCAGGCAGUAUAGUCAAAAGAUUAAGAAGGUAAAUCAGCUUUUGAAAGUGAAAAACCCAGAGUUGGAGCAGCCACCGUCCAAUCAGCAUAGGCCUAUUCACAAAGACCUGGUGGCCAUCUUGGAAGAGAAGAGGCAAGGAGGGCCUGCCAUUGGUGCCAGAAUUGCUGAAUAUUCUCAACUGUAUGACCAGAUUGUGUUCAGAGAGACACCCCAUAAAGCUCAAAAGGAUGGCUGGGCCGGCACCCAAGAACCCACCCUCCACAGGCCUGCAUCACCUCCCCAGGCCCAGGGUGCUGGUGAGGACUGGCUUUGGCAUUCGCCCUACAGUAACGGAGAGUUGGCUGAUUUCUCUUCCCAGAUAGAGCAAGACUCAAAGUCAAAAUACCCCAUCAUGUUAGAGAACGUCACAAAAAUUACACCCAGACAGUUGUCGGCUGCUUGUUCGGUUCCUUCUCUCCAAGUGUCAGACCCUCUGCUGGGCUCUGUGCAGCAGAGAUGCAGCGUGGUGGUCAGCCAGCCCCACAAAGAGAACUCUGGUCAGGGUCAUCUUUACAACUCGCUGGGUCGCAAAGCAAUCAUCGCUAAACCCCAGCCUUAUAGCAGACCUCAGUCAUCUUCCUCAAUCUUGAUAAACAAAUCUCUGGACUCCAUCAACUACCCCAGUGAGACAGAAAAGAAGCAACUGCUCUCUUCUCAAAAAAGUCCCAGAGGCGUGAGCCAGCAGGACUUGCUGUCAGGGCUGGCAGACUCAUGUCAACAGGACACGGGCAAACGGUCUAAUCUCACGCUCCAAGACUCACAGAAGGUUCUGGUAGUAAAUAGAAAUUUACCCUUAAGCGCCCAAAUAGCGACACAGAACUACUUUUCUAAUUUCAAAGAGACCGAGGGAGAUGAAGAUGACUAUGUAGAAAUCAAGUCAGAAGAGGAUGAAGAGGGGCUGGAUCUCUCUCCAAGGCGGAGCAGGAAGUCUGACCCAAAGAUCCCGGACCCUGACUGUUCUGAUAACAUCUGUAGCCACAACACACUUUACUCUUUGAAGGAGCCAGUGAGUGGCAGGCUUGGGCUUUCUCCUUACCUGACAGCAUGUAAGGACUCUGAUAAACUAAAUGAUUACCUGUGGAGAGGGCCAUCACCCAAUCAGCAAAACAUUGUCCAAUCUCUGAGGGAGAAAUUCCAGUGUCUUAGCUCCAGCAGCUUUGCCUAGGUUUCUAGAACUGUCCAAAUUAGGACAGGCUCAAAAGGAAAAAAAAAAAAAUCAGGAAACUACAAUCAUGGAUAAGAGGUAACAUAAACAAAACAACCAAUCAAACAAAAGCAAGUGAUACAAAAACUGUAAACGAAAGCACAUUUUACCCUCUUGUUAUUAAAAAAUUGUUUUAAACUGGUACAUAUAUUAAAAUAAAAUACAGCAAAACCAACCUCAUUCCUAUGGUAACUUGCAAGCCUAAUUUGCCCUUUGAAUUUGCCAGGUGAGUGUAAACACACUUGUAUCACUUGCUUUUCUUUGAUGGUUGUUUUAAGUUACCUGACUCUUAUCCAAGACUGUAGUUUCCUGAUUUUUUUUUUUCCUUUUGAGUCUGUAUGACCCACAUUCCAAUACAGUUCAUGUUACUGUUCUGUCUGAGUCUCAGAAAUUAGUAAUUCCUCACACCAGUAUUUUGUUGCAUGAUUUGGUGUCACCUGCAAAGGGGAAUGUCAUGUUGUACAAAAUGUCUUAUGUAAGCAGUCCUUUAGGUUCUAGGAUAAAUCUGUAGCUUUAUUGAUCAUGUCUGUGGACCAAGCUGCAGACUUUGAGAGCCAGUGUGUGUGUGUGUGUGUGUGUGUGUGUGUGUGUGUGUUUUCAUUGUGCGUGCUUAGAUGCUCCCUCAAUGUUAUCAAUUCAGUGCUUUUGUUUAAAAUAGUUUCUUCUGAAGGUGGUGGUGGGGAUGUAUAUAACUGGGAAUGUUUUAUGUACUUAAAUGUUCUUACUGGGUUCCUGUACUGAAGGUUCCAAUUUUAUAUAUAUAUAUAUAUAUAAGUUCACGUUUCACCUACUUUUUUUCUUUGUGGGGGGGGAAAGCAAUGCAUCUUGGGAAACAUAGUUUAAAUACUGUAUAUAAGACAAUGAAAAUUAGUAAUGCCCAUUAUUUAAUAAAGUUUGUAAAGUGGAAAGUAA